AUGGAUAAAGAUGGUGAUUGUUCCGAUGAACAAAGUGUUGUUAAUAUGGUUCAAGGCCAUAAAGGUAUUACACAGAAUGUGCUUACAGCUUGCACCCCAAACAAGCUGUUCACAUAUGUUCUAGCAGGUUGGGAGGGGUCUACAAAUGAUUAUAGGAUUCUUCAGGAUGUAUUGUCUAGACCACAACCACAUGGAUUGAGAGUCUAUGAUGGUAAAUACUAUCUAUGUGAUGCUAGGUACCCGACCAUGCCAGGAGUCAUCUCUCCAUACCGAGGUGUUCGAUAUCAUUUGUCUAAGAUUGAAUCUGCAUUUGGCACAUUGAAGAAUCAUUUCAAGAUGUUGUGUGCUAAGCCGCAUUAUCCUUUUCCUAUACAAGUAGAUAUCGUAUUGACAUGCACAGUACUCCAUAAUUUCAUUGCAACUGUGGAUCCAAGUGAUGAACUACUCAACAAUGAUGAUUUUAAUGAAGACAUUGAUAGUGAGGUGGCCUUCGAGAAUGAUACUAAUUUAGUUGAUUUUACUCAAAAUCAAACCCAAAGAGAGCAAACUGAAUCAAGAAAUGAGUGA